UAGCCCGAUUCGAGAUUUUUGUUAGAUUCCCCUUCCAGGUACCGGCCGUCCGGCCCCGCUGAAGAUUCUGCGUUGCCGGCUCAGGCCGUCGAAGUGUCGCAAGCCUCGAGUGUCAGCGCUCACAUCAGACGUACACGCAACAAGAAUAAAGGGACACUGCAGACCGACGAGGCCAAAUCGCCAUCAUAAUGUCUGCCUUUCAAGCAGUCAACACUACGCUCACUGUACCGGACCCUCCCCCAGGCCGUCUCGGAGAAGAAACCACACCUACGACACCUCGACCGAAUGCGAAGUUCUUUUCCGAGUCAAGGCCGUCAGAAGAUCCCCGGGCUGAGGAUCCCUCAGCGAAAACCCCAACGCGCAAUAGUUUUGGCGGUCUCGCAGCCCAACGGCCCUUGCCAUCGUCGCCUUUUACACCUUCGCGCGAGAUAAGCAAAACCCCGAGUAGGAAUGGCGCAUUGAGCAGGGAGAAUUCGCACAGGUCGACACAAUCAGUGGACUCGCAGGACAUAGAAAUGGGUGGCGAUGAUGAUGGCCGGGAUGGGUCGGACAACGAGAGCGUGAAUAGCGAUGCGAACAGGCCUUCAAAAAAGAAGAAAGGACAACGCUUCUUCUGCACCGACUUCCCACCUUGCCAGUUAAGUUUCACACGAAGUGAACACUUGGCCAGGCAUAUUCGCAAGCAUACCGGUGAGCGACCCUUCCAAUGCCAUUGCUCACGACGAUUUUCCCGCCUCGACAACCUUCGCCAGCACGCACAAACCGUCCACGUAAACGAAGAUAUUCCUGGAGAUUCCUUGGCUGCAACAGGUACUAGGUUUCAGAGACAAAUCCGAACUGAUCGCGUCCGGCCGCCUGGGAGUCGCUCAAGGGCCAACACAUUAGGCAGCCAGGGCGGACACAGCCGAGGACAUAGUAGGAAUCUGUCGGCGUCUAGCAUAACAUCGACUGCCUCGAGCAUCAGUGUUAGCCAACCUCAGGAUGUGAGGCGCCGGCCCCCACCACUCGCCAUGGCGAAUGACGGCUCUGCAAGGGCUCGGCUGUCCCUCAACACCCUUGACAGCUACAACCCCCCGCUGAUGGGCAGUCCGGGGCCGCAGAUUGUGGAAUACAACACUCAGUCGACUGGCGUUACUACGCCCACCUCAGCCACUUUCUCCACCGAGACAGGAAGUCCAGGGCGCUUUGGAUCUGGCCUGCAAUCACCCAUCUCCUCUGCAUCAAGACCAGCCACGUGGGGUGCGAGAACUCCUGGACGUCGAUUGUCAGUCCCGUCUGCCGGAGGUAACCCGUUUUCUGGCCCUCCUGGGCAAUUCCCUCCCCCAUACAUCACCCCUCUACCGUCCUCGACAUCCUCGACAUUUUCUGGGCAAAGCAGUCUCUUUGCUAGUCCUACCGCAUCGAACUUUUCCGAGUCUAGAAGGGAGUCUAAUGCAGAUGCCGACUGGAGGCGACGCACCUGGCAUCCGGGGUCUUACACCAAUCUAGGUCCCCGCCCUGCUACGAGCGGGCUUGGGUACUACCAGACUCCGGACGCCCCCCGCCCGUCGUACACGUCGCAACCUGCCGCAAGUCAAACAACGAGACUUCCUGGUAUUGAGAGCUUUGACCAUGCGCCUCCUCCAUUACCAUUGCCCCGUCGUCAACACAGUCCUAUGCAAAUAGAUACACCCACUCGCCCGGCGACGUAUCAUGCACCAGUCGACACUCCACCGAUUCCACAGCGCGAGAAACGGCAGAGUAUUUCCUGGGACGCGACACUACAGACAGGUAUCAACCGACUCGAGAUCGCCAGUCCUAAUCCUCCACGAGAGCAGUGGCCUCAGUACCAGGGUAACCAAGGACUGUCCUCUGCGGCCCGGCCCACGACUGCCCCACAGCCGAGCUACUUCGCUCAACAGCGACCCAAUAACUCUCCUCAACCAAUCCAGGUUCCUCCAAGAAACCCAGCUCGAACCUCCCAGGAUCCACCUGUCACUCCCCGGAAGAAUAAGCGACACGGUUGGUAUAACGGACCCCUGCCUUUGACUCAACAAGGUCCACCGCAGCCUGGGAGGGCUGUCCAACGCACUUCACCCGAAGACUCCAGUAGUAGCGAAGGCGUCCCAACCCCGUCAAAUUCUUCUAUGACCGAAUACCAGCCUGCCAUUGUUCACAGCAACGGCUACGUUGAAGCACACCCUCCAGGUGUCCCGGUAGAGGAGCACAAAGCGGGGCCUCCCCCAAUUGUGGAAAGACCGUAUCCUGUUCAGUAUCCCCAGUACCACAACCACAGCUUGUCGAACUCUGGAUAUCGACCCCUGCGGGAACCUGAAAGAGGGCAGAUUACCUUUGGACAACCACUACCCCAUUCAGGCGCCAACGACAUGAGACGACUCGAGGCGCUCGUGGCAGUCGCUACUGGUGAGCAGCAAGCUGUUGGAAAUCGACCUUGAUUGCUCCUGAGCGCCGCUUAUCUACCUUGACUAAGCCAAGACCAUACACGUCGACACAUUAGGUAUCCCCACCACCUUUACUUCUAAGAUCACUAAAUUCUUCUUUCGUUCCUGCGUAACGGCAUGAAUUCACGAAACU